AUCCAUCCAUCCAUCUCACCUACUUAGGUCCUCUCCCUCCUCCCUCAUCCCCAAGGCUUCGUCGCCCUCUCCUUGGACUCUCCAAACUCCAUUGUCGUACGGCAGAGCGCCUCGGCUACGGAUACCGACAUCGCAUCAGCUUACGGGCUCGCCGUUUGCUCCCGUUGUAUCUUUUUUUUUCAAUCACCAAAAGCCCAACGGGAACUGGACGCUACCCCGCCAUAAGUGCCACCAUGAGCUUCGCAGGCAUGCUGAACAGGCUUCACGGCCAACCCGAGAGCUACGAUAAGAAGGCCAAGUACAGAUUCGGUCGAACUCUCGGUGCUGGAACAUAUGGUGUCGUUCGUGAGGCUGAUGGCCCCACGGGCAAGGUGGCCGUCAAGAUUAUCCUGAAGCGAAAUGUCAAGGGUAACGAGCAGAUGGUCUACGACGAGCUCGAGAUGCUCCAGAAGCUCAAGCAUCCUCACAUUGUCAAGUUUGUCGACUGGUUCGAGUCGAGGGACAAGUUCUAUAUCGUCACACAGCUCGCGACCGGCGGUGAGCUCUUCGAUCGUAUCUGCGAACAGGGCAAGUUCACCGAGAAGGAUGCCGCCGAAACUAUCAAGCAGGUCCUGCUUGCAGUCGAUUUCUUGCACAAGAACCAGAUCGUCCACAGAGAUCUCAAGCCCGAGAACCUGCUCUACCUGAGCAAGGACCCCGAAUCCGAUCUCGUCCUUGCUGAUUUCGGCAUCGCCAAGAUGCUCGAUGGCAAGGGUGAGUCUCUCAAGACGAUGGCUGGCUCCUUUGGCUAUGCCGCCCCCGAAGUGAUGCGCAAGGAGGGCCACGGCAAGCCGGUUGAUAUGUGGUCCAUGGGUGUUAUCACCUACACCCUGCUUUGCGGCUACUCUCCCUUCCGAAGCGAAAACCUUCAGGACCUGAUCAGAGAGUGCACUGAUGGUACCGUCGUCUUCCACGAGCGAUACUGGAAGGAUGUCAGCAACGACGCCAAGGACUUCAUCCUGCACUUGAUCAACCCCGACCCCGAGCAGCGCUGGACCAGCGAGGAAGCCUUGGGUCACAUCUGGCUCAGCGGCAAGAACGCCACCGACCACAACCUGUUGCCCGAGAUCAAGUCGUUCCGCGCGAGAAGCCGCUUCAGGCGCAUCAUCGAGAAGAUCAAGCUCCAGGCCCGAAUCCAGAAGCUCAGGGAUCUGGAGGAGGACCCCGAGAACUCGGAUCUGUCGGCCAUAUUCAGCGAGGUCGCCAGAGCCAAGCUUGCCGACGACAAGGAGGAGAAGGAGGUGCUGCGCGUCACCGAGGAGGUCACGAAGGAAGCCAAGCGCCGCAGCUUCCAGGCUUAAAGAGAAUCAUUGCAUUUACAAACUACGGGCGAAAGGCCGUGCGGCUGCAUGUCAUCAGCCGGAUAUUGAAAGGAUUUUUGGGUCUAUAGUUGAUGCCGCCGGAACGGGCUGGUAUGAGCCCGCUCGAAAGCGGACUGGGUCAGCAAGAUGAGAUGGAUAGGAAGAGGCAGGUCAUUACAAGUGAUCAUAUCGUGUCGAUUUGAUUGGAAGCGUUUUGAUUUCAGGCAAUGCUUUGAAAAAGGUGACAAUGAAUGAGGAGGUGGUGAAAUCAAGUCAUUCAUCUUUUUGAAUCCGUUACUCGUUGUUGUUGUUCUCUAUAUAGAAGUGGUAUCGUUGAAGCAACCAGCUACUCGCCC